CUCUGCAACAGCCUUCACGAGUGUGUGAAACGCUGCGGCAGGCAGGGCAUCACAUCACAUCUCCGACAAAGACCUCGGUCUCUAAGAAUAAUAAACACAAGUGCGGUUUAUUUAGGCUUGCUUCCUCGUGGGCAGGAAUCGUGGCAGCAGGACUUCUCUUCCUUCUCUUGAUUUUUUUCUUUUUCUUUUUCUUUUUUCUUCCAGGGGCAAUUUGUGAGCAGUGUCAGCGGAGGCCCCCUCUGCCGUAAUUUUACUAAAUAAACAGAGCAGCGGCACUUCUUUCAAGGGUUCCCCCAGCAGACACUUGGAGACUAGGAGUCUCAUCCCUGCAGAUUUGAGGAAUCUGCUCAGCUCCUAAAAAGCAGGCUAAUUGGAGACUGUUGCUCACACUAACAGAGAGCAGGCGAAGGACAGAGUGCGUCUCACAGAGGACCUGACAGGGGACUAUGCUUUAGGAGCCAAAACAAAGGACUACAACAGCGACACGUUGAAGAAUAAUACUGCACACCAUCUUGCUUUACCAUGGUGAAGGGAAGGACAAGCGUGAUCCCCCUGGCAGCUUGCCUUGCAGCUCUUCUUCAGUUUUGUCCAGUCAGCCACAGCUUGGAAAUCUCACCUAGCACUGAGGUGGUCGUCCUGAACGCCAAUGGCUCGUACUCUGCCACUUGCUCCGGUUGGGAAAAGGUAACCUGGAUGCACAACUUAAAGGAGAACAUAACAGGGGUGCAGGUACAGAACGGACCCUCCUACAGCACCCUCACUCUGGAGAAUGUGUCAUGGAAACACACCGGAAUAUACACCUGCAUGGAACUGUCCUCAAGUGAGACCAAGGAGAUCUCAGUGUUUGUGCCAGACUCUGAAGUUUGGUUCCUUCCGGUUGACCAUGGCAUGGUGACGAAGACAAGUGAUGAAGGCACCAUCCCCUGCAUGGUGACCAACCCCAAGAUUAAUGUCACCCUGUAUGAGAAAGCCAACGGCAUGCCCCUGGAUGUUGAGUAUAAUCCCCUCAAGGGCUUUACUGCCGCCCUAGAGGACAUGACUUACAUCUGCAAGGGGGAACUGAACGGUGUUGAGAAAGAGUCCCCUCCAUUCUACGUUUUCAGCAUCAUUGUCCCAGAUGACAUAGAGCCCUACAUCAAUGCCUCGAAGACCGUGCUGAGGCAGGGUGAACCUCUCACGGUCAACUGCACCAUUCACGGAGUGCAACUGGUCUUCUUCUCCUGGGUCUACCCGCAUAAGGAAAGCGGUGCACUUAUUGAGCCACUCACCGAUGUCCUCUCUGCCACAAGCAUGCGUUCCUGCCUCAUCAUCCCCAACACCACAGUGGACAACUCCGGAGAGUACCACUGUCACGUCCACGAGAGCGUGCAGGAUCAGAGAGCGUCCGACGCCAUCUUCAUCAGAGUCCUUGAUCAAGGCUUUGUGACUGUCACCUCUGACCUCGGGAGGAAUGUUUCGGCCAAACUGCACGAGAGCAUCGAAAUCAGGGUCAACAUAGAGGCCUACCCCAGACCCCAGGUGCGCUGGACCAAGGACCACGGGGCCCUCGUCGGGGAUACCAUCUCCGUGGAAACCAGGCAGCUGGAUGAGAUCAGAUACAUCAGCAUUUUGACCCUAGUGAGAGUCAAGAUGGAACAGAGGGGCCUGUAUGUCAUUCAAGUCGAGAACGAGGAUGACGUCAAGGAGCUAACAUUUGACCUGGAGGUCAAAGUUCCUCCACAGAUCGUGGACCUGUCUGAUUACCACCUGGCAGACAAGACGCAUGGCGUGGUGUGUGUGGCAGAGGGGGUACCUUCUCCCAGAAUCCAGUGGUACAGCUGUGACAGCCUUCACAAAUGUAGUAAUAAAACCACAGCAUGGCAGCCUCUGGCUGCAGAAGCUGAGAAUGUCAAAAUUCACACGAACGAGAGCUACAACGAGACCCGCAAGAUCAGCCAGGUGCGGAGCGCAGUCACCUUCCAGGGCCUGCAGAAGAUCAUCUCUGUUCGCUGCGAGGCCGUCAACGAGAAGGGGCAGAGAGCGCGGGACAUCAAGCUGGUGUCAAACUCCCUGUUCUCCCAGGUGGCUGUGCUGGCAGCCAUCUUGGCCCUGGUGGUUAUAGCUGUGAUUUUCAUCAUCAUCCUGAUCGCAGUGUGGAGGAAGAAACCUCGCUACGAGAUCAGGUGGAAGGUAAUUGAGUCUGUGAGCUCUGAUGGACACGAGUACAUCUACGUGGACCCCAUUCACCUGCCCUACGACUCGGCCUGGGAGAUGCCACGCGACAGCCUCAUACUUGGUCGUACUCUGGGAUCGGGAGCUUUCGGCAGGGUCGUGGAAGCCACUGCUUAUGGCCUCGGUCACUCCCAGUCCACCACCAAAGUCGCUGUGAAAAUGCUCAAAUCUACAGCGAGGAGGAGCGAGACGCAGGCACUGAUGUCAGAGCUGAAGAUAAUGAGCCACCUGGGCCCCCACCUUAAUAUUGUCAACCUGCUGGGAGCCUGCACAAAGCAAGGCCCCAUCUACCUGGUAACCGAGUACUGUCGCUAUGGAGACCUUGUGGACUACCUGCACAGGAACAAGCACACCUUCUUGCAGUAUUAUGCAGACAAGAGCCGCAGGGAGGCGGACAUGUGUGUCAACAACGUGCCUGACGGCCAGGGGAAAGGCUACGUGUCGUUUGGGAGCGAGUGUGACGGUAACUACAUGGACAUGAGCAAAGACGACACCAUGGAGUACGUGCCCAUGCAGGAGCUGACCGACAACAUCAAAUACGCCGACAUCGAGCCGUCUGUUUACGAAACGCCCUACCAGCAAGACCUCUACCACGCACAAGGUGAGGACCGGGUGGACACAGCCCUGGUCAUCAGCGACUCCCCCAUACUGAGCUACUCUGACCUGGUUGGAUUCAGCUUCCAAGUGGCCAAGGGCAUGGAGUUCCUGGCCUCCAAAAACUGUGUCCACCGUGACCUGGCUGCAAGAAAUGUGCUGAUCUGUGAGGGGAAGCUGGUGAAGAUCUGCGAUUUCGGCCUGGCCAGGGACAUCAUGCAUGACUCCAACUACAUCUCCAAGGGCAACACAUUCCUGCCCCUGAAGUGGAUGGCGCCGGAGAGCAUCUUCCACAACCUGUACACCACCCUGAGUGACGUCUGGUCCUAUGGUGUUCUGCUGUGGGAGAUCUUUACUCUGGGAGGGACCCCUUAUCCUGACCUCCCCAUGAAUGAACUAUUCUACAGUGCACUGAAGAGGGGGUACCGGAUGACCAAACCAACUCAUGCUUCAGAUGAAAUUUACGAUGUGAUGCGGAAGUGCUGGGAUGAGAAAUUCGAGAAAAGGCCCGAGUUCUCCUUUCUGGUUCAUACCGUGGGGAACAUGCUGACUGACAGCUAUAAAAAGAAAUACAACCAGGUGAACGACAGCUUCCUCAAGAGCGACCACCCCGCUGUGGCCCGCACCAAACCCAGACUGCCUGGGCCCGUGCUGCCCCUGAACGAACCUGCAGCGGACAUCAGGCGGGAGGCCGACGGAGCAGAGACAAUGGCCUCCUACAACGAAUACAUCAUCCCCAUCCCGGACCCCAAGCCGGAGGAGAGCUGCGAGGAGGCCGACACACUCCCGGAAAGCCCCUCCAGCUCUCAGGACCCUGAUGAGGAAAGUGAUUCCGUGUCCAUAGAAACACCAGUCAUCAUUCCAGAGGAGGUGAAGCCAAGCCCGGCUGAGGAGGAGGAGCCUAAAGAAUCCCAGGGGACACCAGAUGUGGAAGAGAGCUUCCUGUAGAUGCACAACGAACAGCCAAAUCACCGCUAUAAGUCUGCUGGAGGAGCCAAUGUGGAAGCAUCAUCAGCUUGUAAUUGUGGGUAAACCGAGUGUUACCUUUAUAUGUGCAACA